AUGGGUUAUCCUCGAUUUUCCGGCGCCGCUGGAGAGAUCCAGAUCUCGUUCUCUGCUUUUCUCUCUCUCUCUCUCUCUCUCUCUCUCUCUCUCUCCAGUUACUGUCUCUCUUCUAAUGCCAAUUCAUCCGCGCGCGUCCUCUUUUUCUCCAUCCAUCUGACUGUUCUUCUUCUUCCUCUACUUUUUCCUCCCAUUAGUGUGCUGUGUCGAUUGUUGACAAUCGACAAAAAUCGACGAAAAUCGUUAAAAUCGGUGUCGAUUUCGUCGACUCGAGCAAAAAUCGACAUUCAAAAAGUCGACAGAAAAUCGACUUUUCAAAAGUCGAUGAAAGUGAAAAUCGACGAAAAAUCGACGAAAAAAUCGACUUUUGUCGACUUUAUUGUCCGAGAGGACUACACGGCCGGUGACCUAGAAACUGCCUGUGGCCGGGGUAUUUUUCAUGAAAAACAGGCAAUUUUCAUCGAAUUUUCCACUGAAAAACCAUCUACGAAGAAGAAUACGCCGACAACAGAAGAGUACGAAUAUGAUGACGAGAACGAUGACUCAGAAGGCGUGGAAUAUUUCGAAUCCAGAGAGCAUAACGAUGAUACUUUUGGAAACGAUUUGGCCCAAAUAAUGAAACAUUAA